AUGCAACUCACCACUGUCCUUCUCUUCGCUUUCGUGCUCACUCUCGCUAACGCAUCCACCAUACCUCUUCGACGAAUCAGGAUCUCGUCGCUUCCCCACCAACGAGGCCAUCUAUCUAUGCAUCGUAGACAUGCUAGAUUUCUCCCAAGACAAGUUACUAACACGUCCACGACAACUCUUGCCACGGCCGGCACCGCUACUCCUCAACCUUUGAUAACGACAACCAAUACAAAUAGCUCAAGUGCAGCACCAUCCCCCUCGUCUGCCCCUUCUCCGUCCAUUUCGAUCGACUCUACCCCCCAGCCAUCCCAACCGCCUGCAGACAAUAGCGGUGCGCAGAAAUACGUCGUUGCUCAUCAUAUGAUCGGCAAUACCUUUCCCUACACAAUUCAAGACUGGGCAGACGAUAUCGCUUUGGCGCACGCUUCCGGCAUUGAUGGCUUCGCAUUGAAUAUGGGCAGCGACGACUGGGAGCCUGCGCGCGUUGCUGAUGCGUAUCAAGCAGCCCUUCAAUCUGGCCUCGAUUUCAAGCUCUUCUUAUCGCUUGACAUGUCAGUGUUACCAUGCGGUUCUCCCGCUGAUGCUCAGGCCCUCCGGAACCUCGUCAAGGCACAUAUAACGCACCCCAACCAAUUCCAAUACAAAGGCCGUGCCUUCGUAUCCACAUUCGCUGGUGAAACAUGUCAAUUCGGUCAAGGCAGCGUCGCAGACGGAUGGAAAACACAGUUUACGAGAAGCCCUGACCUUCAAGGCCAGAUCUACUUUGUCCCAGCGUUCUUCAUCGACCCAGCCACGUUCGGUAAUUUCGCUGACGUUAUGGAUGGUGAUUUCAACUGGAACUCUGGCUGGCCUAUUCAAGUAACCACGUCUUUUGCCCAAAACCUAGCGAAUUCACUGCCGGCCAACACGACAAGUGGUGCGGGAGGCAUACUCGGCAGCGUCAUAAAUACUGCUGGCUCGCUGGCAACGGCUGGUCUUAACAGACUGCAACUUGCCGUCAGCCAAUUCAUUGGCGCCACUACAACCGACGAGCAGCAUCUAGCUGCACUCUCCAAACUCCCUGCUAAUCUUGGAACCCGCGACACCGACCCGUCAAGCCCGCUUUACAUGGCUGCCGUCUCGCCAUGGUUCUUCACCCACUACGGCAAGGAUUCUUUCAACAAAAAUUUCAUCUUCCUGUCGGACCAGCAUCUUUACUCCAAGCGCUGGGAGUCUCUUGUUGAGACUCGAGACACAGUUGAUGUCGUUGAAGUUUUGACCUGGAACGACUAUGGCGAGUCGCACUAUGUUGGCCCAAUCAAGGGGAGCCAGCCAAACAGCCAAGCCUGGACGGAUGGGAUGAACCACACUGCUUGGCUUGGACUUACACAAUACUACGCCACUGCUUUCAAGACAGGAAGCUACCCCGCCAUCGAAAAAGACCAGAUUUACAUGUGGUCCCGCCCUCAUUCCAGCUCAGCGCAGGCUCCAGACCCCGUAGGACAACCUGAUAACUUCCAACUCCCACAAGACGCCAUCUGGGCCGUGGUAUUGACGACCGCGCCCUCAUCCGUGACACUGGCUACAUCCCCAACCACCUCUACGACGGUCAACGUUCCAGCGGGCUUAACUAAAUUGACGAUGCCGAUUUCUGCUGGGGGUACGAUGAAGGGAACCAUCACCCGCAAUGGGCAAACGGUGGUUGAGCUCAACCCCACAGGGUUUACUUUCCAGGGUAGCCCCAAAACAUACAACUUUAACGCUUUCGUUGCAAGUGCGACUGCCGAUUGA